AUGGGCAAAAAUGGCCUCUUUGGCUCUUUCCAGGGCAUCGACGCCUUCGGCAAGACAAUGGAAGAUGUCAAGAUUAAGACUAGAACAGGAGCCCUCUUGACGUUCAUAUCAUUCUCCAUCAUCCUUACCUCCGUCAUGCUCGAGUUCAUCGACUACAGAAGGAUACAUUUGGAACCGAGUAUCAUCGUGGACCGCUCGAGGGGGGAGAAACUCGUGAUUGAGUUUGACAUGGAGUUCCCGAGAGUCCCUUGUUACCUACUCUCGCUCGAUGUCAUGGACAUCUCUGGAGAGCACCAGAGCGGUUUUGAGCACUCUGUCACCAAGACGAGGCUCAACAAAGAAGGACAAGUGAUCUCGCAAGUUGUAGGGAAACAGCUUAAAGGAGACGUCGAGCGAGCCCAUCUUGAAGAAGACCCUAGCUACUGCGGAUCGUGCUACGGCGCCACUCCCCCCGAAAACGGAUGCUGCAAUUCGUGCGAGCAGGUACGCGAGGCGUACGUUCGCAAAGGCUGGUCUUUCUCCGACCCUGCGGGUAUCGAGCAGUGUGUGGAGGAAGGGUGGAUGGACAAGAUGAAAGAGCAGAACCAGGAAGGCUGCAGGAUUGAUGGGAGGGUGAGGGUGAACAAGGUCAUCGGGAACCUUCAUUUCUCACCAGGAAGAUCUUAUCACAACAACAUGGCUCAGAUGCUGCAGCUUAUGCCCAAUCUGAGAGACGCCAACCACGGGUUUGGGCAUAUUGUGCACAAAUUCAGGUUUGCAGGAGAUUUGGAGGAGGAAGAGGAGAAGGCGGUCUUGCCGAGAGAACAACAAUGGAGAAAUAAGCUUGGAUUGAAAGACCCGCUGCAAGGCGUAAAGGCGCACACUGAGGAAUCCAAUUAUAUGUUCCAAUACUUCCUCAAGGUGGUUUCCACCAACUUUGUCUCUCUCGGUGAAGAAGAGAUUCCUACCCACCAAUACAGUGUCACACAGUACGAGCGAGAUCUUAGAACAGGAAAUGCCCCAGGCAAGGAUUCUCAUGGUCACAUGACUAGCCACGGUGUUCUUGGUAUACCCGGAGUUUUCUUCAACUACGAAAUAUCACCUAUGAAGGUCAUUCACACCGAGGAAAGACAAUCCUUUGCCCAUUUCCUUACUUCCACAUGCGCCAUCAUCGGCGGUGUUCUUACUGUCGCGAGCCUUGUCGACUCCUUCAUCUUCAACAGCUCCAAGCGGCUGAAAGAGAGAAAGGACGAGGGAUUCGGUGGACCUGGCGGUAAGAUGCUCUGA